AGCCAUAUUUCUUUUUUCAUAAGAUAUUGUGGCGGCGUCUCGGCGUUUUCUGAACAUGACAUAUAAAGAACCUUUUAAAAUGACAGCUUGAUUUGGUUUGGUUUCCGCUACUGUGCUAUUGUGCUAUUUUUUUGAUUUUUGAUACAAAAAUCGCAAGAUAAUGUCGAUAUCUACAGCUACAGAUGAUCGCACCGAAGGAGAUGAUGAUACGUCACAAGGCAGUCAACCCAAGGACGAAAGUAGUGAAUCGGAAAAUGAGAUCGAACCUCAGAGCCACAAUGGUGGAUCACCUAGCCCUGAGGUUCAUGAGAUCACUAGUGAUGAAGAUGAUUGUGCAGUAACUAAUGAUGAUGACUCAUCAAGUUCUAGUACAGACUCCAAUGACAGUUCAGAAGAAUCCCAGCAAAGCACUAAGGAUAGGGAGGAAGAAAAGAAGAAAGAUGAGGAAGCUGUAGAAAAUGGGGGAGAUGAGUCAGACAUUGAAGAAGUGUCUGCAGAGGAUCCCCUCAAUCAAGCACAGAAGUCCAAACAAAUAGUUAUAAGUGAUACUAAAAGUUUAGCUGACCUUACAUCAAAACAAAGUAAAUCUAAUGAAGGUGAGAAUAAGGAACCCACUGUAGUUAUCAUAGAUACAAACUCUAUAAUGUCUGGCAAAAAUACAUCAGUACAAAGUAAAUCAUCAACUAGUAAUUUUGAUGCACAUAAUUUAUGUCAAAGUAUAGCAGCUCGAGGCACCACAAUCACGCCAGUAAGUUGCAAGGGCAGCACCUCAUCAAAAAAUAAUGCAACCGCUGUGCCUCAACCUAAUAUACUGCCCUCAUUGACAGAUGACAUGUUUGUAGUUGAAGCACCUUCAUUUAUAGUCCCGUAUGUAUAUGAGAAACCCUCAGUUAAACCUUUUAGAGAAUUUGUUGAUAAAUUAGGAAAACAAUUGGAUGAAGUUAAACUUAAAGAGGAUCAAGAGAAAAUGCAAAGUAAAGAUAAAAAAGAUAAGGGUAAACAUGACAAAUCUGAAAGUGACGAAGAAGGUGAAAGUGAUAAGGAGAGUAAGAAGGAGGUGGAGGAAGCACCAAAAGAAAAGAAACCGGAUAAGAAAAAGCGAAGGAGACCAAAUAUGGAUGAUGAUGAUUCCUGGGAUGGUGAAUCUUCAAGUGAGUCUGAUGAGGAUGCCCUAUCUGAUGAUGAUACGGUGGUAAUCAAAGAAAAAGAUGAUGCAGAGUUGAAGGAUCCUAUUAGUAUUAUAUCGAAAGGACUCAUGGGUAAAGGUGACAGUUACUUUGAUUGCUCGCUUGGACAGUUUUUUAUUAAUAUCGGCCUUAAUCUUGUUCAAGAAUAUGUUCAAAGCGAUUUGCUGAAGCACCAAAAUAGAAAAUUGUAUAAAGAAAAGAAAUCAGGACGUAAUACUAAAGCCACAGAGUCUGCAAUUGUAUCCCUCACUCAGAACUUAGAGUUUAGUAAGAAGACAAAUGCUCCUUAUGCACUCCAACAAAAGAAAUGUGAAUUUUGUAGUUUUAAGACAGAAUCUAUGCUCAUAAUGGCCCAUCAUUUAGAAGCGCCUCAUAUGAGGAAUAAUAUUUAUAAAUGUAACACAUGUCCAUUUGAGAUUCGCAGUCCACAUGAUAUAUUGUUUCAUAUGGAAGCAGAACACAAUAUCAGGGGCAGGCUUGAAAGGGCACCGGCGUACCAGCAAUGUCCCAAUUGCCACUUUGAAGAUAACAGUAAGACUAAGCUAGCGAGACAUCACAUUUCAUGUGCUAAGAAAUUCAAACCAGAAUUUAACUUAGCACCUCCACUAGAGUGGGAACCUCCAGCAAAAAUACCAAAGUUAAACAGACCUCGGAAUAAUAUAAUGGGACCUUAUCAACAGAACUUCAGUAGGUCUCAAGUUGGUGUUAAUAGUAUGGGUAGAGCGCAGCAUCCGGUUAAUGUUAAUCUUACAGGUGCCAUGCCAGUUUUAGGACGACCACGAGGCCGUCCCCCUAUGACUAAUCCUGUACGGCCACCUGUUUCUGGCGUACCCAUAUUACGCAGCGGAGUAAUGAUUAUGCAUAACAAUCCUACGGGUACAUCCAUUACUAAUUAUCCUAUGAUGCAAAAUAAUCAAGUUGGAAAUAAUACAUCGGCAACUCCGAAGAUAUCAAUUACUCCUUUGCCCAGAGCGCCGCAGCCAUCCUCAUCUCAAAUACCUCAAAACUCUAAAGCCUCAUUUGUUAUCUGUGAAAUAUGUGAUGGUUAUAUCAAAGACUUAGAACAAUUGAGAAAUCAUAUGCAAUGGAUACAUAAAGUGAAAAUUCAUCCUAAAAUGAUAUACAAUAGACCGCCACUGAAUUGCCAGAAAUGUCAAUACAGGUUCUUUACAGAUCAGGGCCUUGAAAGGCAUUUGUUGGGUGCACAUGGUUUGGUAACCAGUUCCAUGCAGGAAGCAGCUAACAAAGGCAAAGAUGCCGGUCGAUGUCCCGUGUGCGGUAGAGUGUACCAGUGGAAACUACUCAACCAUGUCUCUCGAGAUCACAAUAAGACAUUAAAACCGGCCCACCUCUCAUACAAAUGUACAGUAUGCACUGCUACAUUUGGUAUGUACAAGCAAUUUGAGAAUCAUGUGUACUCUGCCCACAGUGUGGUUGCUAAGAGAGUUAUGGACAAAAAUAAGACGGCAGCCGCACCAGCAAAGCCUACCGAUGCAGAUGCCACACUCAAGCCGUUGAAAAUCAGUGACGAAAUAACAAUUAUUCCACAACCUAAAUCAAAUGUAACCAUCACAGCAAAAGGCAAAUAACAUUACAUAGCAUUAAAAAAAAAUCACACUGACACUGGACACGAAUCUAGCCUUAAAGUGAUGCACCUUCAUGUUAUAAAGCAGUAUUGUGUAAAUAGAGUUAAGUCCAUUGUCGUAAUUAUUUAAAAUGUAACACAUUGGGAAGCAAAGAUUUAGUGACAAUUAAGUAUGGAUGAUAAUGUAAGUUAUUCUAAUAAUAAGAUAAUACAAAUUACAAACAUAUGUCAUAGGGUAAGAUGUAAAUUCCGUGUAUAUUACCUGUCUAGGUGUCCAAUCAAAUGUGUACUCUGUGGUAAAAACUACAUAUUGCUUAACAAUUUUUGUAUGAACUGAAAUCCUGUUGUUUUUAUUGUGAUGUCACAAAAUGUGAUUGUAAUUCAUAAAAGAUCUGCAUUGUCACAUUGAAUUAUUUAGUGGAACUAUUUGAAUGUGUAUUAGAUGUAGUUUAUAAA